UAUCACACACAGGGAGAGCCGACAGCGCUUUCUGUCUUUCAUUCAUCCCGUUGAAGCUGCUCACACUUUAUUCUUCUCUUCUCCCCCCUCCCUCCCUCACGCUGGUGCAGCUUACUUUGUUUUUGUUUUCCUUCCUCGGUGCCUUUCGGUCGGAGUAGUGGUGGAUGAUAUCAACAGAGCCCCGUUUCUUCUCGGCUCCGCGAUACUACGGACUAAAGAGGAGUCGCUAGAGGACACGCGCAUCACGACAGAGAGCAGCGCGAGGGAGUUUUCUGUUCUUGUUUUGGACGGUACGGCGCGAUUUUAAACAAGAAAUAUACACGAUAUCAGUGUUGAAGAGCAGCCUUGCUACAAACGCUCCACCUGACGAGACUCCCGUUAAGUUUUGACGGAUUUUACGGCACAGGUGCGUAAAGGAUUAACCACCGGGAUUUUGCGGAUGGUUGUCGGAGAGGAGUCACUGCCUCUGCGCAAGUCUCAGAUGAAGAUGAAGUCUGCAGGCGUGGUGGACGGAGGCUUGUUCACAGAGAGCUACUGUAACAUCUGCAAUGCCCAGCUCAUCUCUGAGUCCCAGCGCACCGCUCACUACGAGAGCAAGAAGCAUGCCAACAAGGUACGUCUGUUCUACAUGCUUCACCCAGAAGAUGGAGGACCCCCUUCCAAGAGACUGCGGCCAGAUAACCCAGAAUGUUCAGAGACCGAGGUGGACAGGAACAAGUGCUGUACGCUGUGUAACAUGUUCUUCACUUCCGCCAUUGUGGCCCAGUCGCACUACCAGGGCAAAACCCACGCCAAGAGAGUCCGCCUGGUGCUGGGGGAGCAGCCCAGCCUGCCCUCAGCCAUGACCAGCCCCACAAACACAGACUCCUCCCCUUCCACCCCGUUGCCCGCAGACCCUGCUACGUGCCCCACUCCUACCCCUGACCUGGCAUGGCCCCUGGGCGUGGUUGGGGGAAACGGUGGAAGAGAAGCGGGGAAGUACUGCUGUCUGUGCGGCGCCUGGUUUAACAACCCGCUGAUGGCCCAGCAGCACUACGAGGGCAAGAAACACCGCAGGAAUGCAGCCAGAGCACGCCUCCUGGAGCAGCUAGCGGGCAGUCUGGAUGCCACGGAGAGCACAGGUCAGACUCCUGGCCCCGGGCCCACACAAGUGACAAGAGAAGGGCAGGCGGGGAGUUAG